GAGGUGUCAAGUGCGAGGCUUCACCUAUACAUUACACUUGAGAACCAAAAACGCUCCAGACUUCCUCGAGCAUUUAUAUCUAGACGACCAUUCUGUGUAAGCCCACGCAUUUUUACUCUCACACAGAGCAAGUCGAGAUAUCUUUCUGUUUCAUGUCAUAAGAGCUUGCUGUGCGCACAGACUCCAGUGUGGACCUGGGAUGCCGUCGCCGCCCGGAAUCAACACGCGAGAGUCAUUGUCGGAAAACAUCCAGCUACAAACGCAAUCGCCAUAUCACACGGCGGGCUUUGCGCCAGACCCUCGGUCGGCAUCGCCUGUCGCACCGGAAUACAGCCCGAUUACGCCUAAAGUUCAGCCUGUGCUGCCGGCGACAGCGUUCAUUCCGCCGCCGGAAAAUGGCGGCAAUUUCACAUUCUCCAUGGCUGAAUCAAAUGGCGGAGACCAACACCCAAAGCCUAUACAGGCAGUGUUACCAGCUCAACCGCCCGCAAUUCCAAAGGCGGAAUACAUACCCCAGCCGCCCACCCGUCCCUUUUCCAGCGCAGACGCAACUGACGCCAUGGCUCUCCGAGCGGCAAUUUCCACUCUACAGUUUCAGAGGCAGAAAGCGCAAAAUGAUAUGCAGGAGUUAGCGCGCAUCAAACAGAUGGCCUUGGACGAUCCCGAGCGAUUCAAAAAGGAGCUUGCAGCUGGAAGACUCAAGGAAGAACGGCAUACAAUCGGCAAUAUGCAGUCAAUUCUUGAUGACCUUGACAAUGGAGAUGACGACGACGAGGUUGUAUUCGAAUUGAGAUCCGUCAACAACAAGUCAGAAGGAGGCGAACAGACGUCCAAAACGUCAGCUGGGAUGUCCGAUCUACAGUUGCCCCCGCAAGAUGGUUCAUUGUUGCCGCAGGACUCAGUCAUGGCCGACGGAUCUGCAGCCGAGAAGGAUGCCUCGGAAUCUAAGGAUGCCUCUCAACCAUUCCCGCGGAUACCAGGAGCGCAGAACGUGGUCCGCAUGCCUUGUGUUAAUUGGGACAAAUAUGGCAUUGUUGGCGAGCCGCUCGAAAGAAUGCACAACCAACAGAGACGGUGGCCAGGCACGACUGGUGGAAGCGGGCAAGAUCGUGGGCGAGAGCACGCGGUUGCAGCACCUUACAGUCCAUUCCUGGAUCGGAUUGAACCUCCGCCAGCGCCUGCGGCUCCGGGGGCUGAGUCACGAAAGGACUCUGCAGCGGUUUCCCCUACCGCCCUGAGGGCGCAGAGUGGUAGUUCUUAG